GUGUCGCGCACCCUGGGGUUUUGUGAACUUUAAAGGGUUUAAUGAGAUCUAUGGAGGCUAAAGUAAUCAGAUAAAUAAAAAAAAAGUCCAAACCUUGUCUCUGUGUAUUGUAAUCUAGGUGACGUGUUCAUGCGGUCCUUAUAUUAUCUGCCUGUAUAAGCGAUCCCUGCAGCCCUGAUGGAGGGGGGAUUAAACAUCACCUACAUCGUGUUCGAUGGACACGUGGAUGUGAAGAGAUACAGAUACAUCUACUUUGUAAUCAUUUUGAUGAUCUACAUUCUAAUCGUCGGCUUUAACUCCACCAUUGUGUGUCUCAUUGUGAUUCACAAAAACCUGCACAAGCCUAUGUAUAUUUUUAUAUCUGCCUUGUUAAUCAACUCUGUUCUUUACAGCACUGUGAUCCAUCCUAAGCUGCUCAUCGACUUCCUGUCGGCGAAACAACUCACUACAUUUUCAGAGUGCAUAUUUCAGACUUGUAUACAUUACGGUCUGGCGGCGUCAGAGUUUUUGCUUUUGUCAGCAAUGGCUUACGACAGGUACAUCUCCAUAUGUAAACCGCUGCAGUAUCCGAAUAUCAUGAAAAGAUCCACCGUCACAGCCUUUCUGAUUUCAGCUUGGCUCUUUCCGACCUGUGAGCUGUCCGUCAUCGUCGUGCUGUACUUUAACAUAAAGAUCUGUCACUUCAGUCUCAAAGGAAUCUUCUGUAACACCUUAAUUUACAGGCUCCCGUGUGAAAAGUCAAUGGAGCUGUUCAUGUUUGGAUUUUUUAUUUUGUCCAGUCUCAUCCUCCUCCCUGUUCUCUUCAUCCUCUUCACCUACACCAGGAUUUUCAUCAUAACGUACAGAAGUUCUAAAAAGGUCCAGGCCAAAGCCGUUCAGACCUGUUUACCUCACCUGCUGGUUUUAAUCAACCUCUCCACUUUUAUUUCCUACGACAUCAUCUUCCUCCGACUAGGAAUCGAUUUACCCAAACUUCCGAAUUUAAUCCUGACGUUACAGAUGACCAUCAACCAUCCUUUGCUCAAUCCCUUUAUUUACGGAAUAAAGAUGAAAGAAAUCUCCAAACACCUGAAGCAUCUAUUUCAGCAGCACUGAUCAUGGUAUCACCAUGUUUAUU